GCUCGGUGACAGAAAGCGGUUUGUGGGUGACGUUCUCCGCGGCCUAUGCCGGAAAAGGCUACAUCUACGUGCUGAAAGAUUCUGCGCCAGCCUUCGUGGACAUUGUGUCACUGAGAUCUGGACUUCCCAGAGACAUCAUGUGCAGCAAGAUGAUGAUGGCAGAGCUGGGAAGGGGGUGCGCGGGCUUAAGGCUUCGCUGACCCUGUGCCAGGUGUCUGCCGCGGAGCAGAGCCAUGAGAUAUCUGACUGCGUGCUGAGCUAUUCCAUGACCUACAAGGCUCUUUCCGAAUGCGGCAUCUUCUUCUUGUGCACGUUUGCGGAAGCGCUGAUUCAGGUGUAUGUCUAUGUUGCAGACUCCAUGGCCCAGACAGAUGGCACCCUGCCGGGACCUUA